GCACAAGGCUUCUCUUUUUGUGUGUGUGGAAGGGGGCGCAUGUGAGUGCACGGCCAAAGUGCCUUUUUCUCUGCCACCUGCGCACACGCUUCUCACCCACCACCAAACCAGCCAUGGCUCGCGGUCCCAAGAAGCACCUCAAGCGGCUCAACGCCCCCCGCCACUGGAUGCUGGACAAGCUGUCUGGUCGCUUUGCUCCCCGCCCCUCCACCGGCCCCCACAAGCUGCGCGAGUGCCUGCCCCUUGUCAUCUUCAUCCGCAACCGCCUGAAGUAUGCCCUGACAUACCACGAGGUUAAGAUGAUCACCAAGGAGCGCAACAUCAAGGUCGACGGCAAGGUCCGCACGGACAUGACCUACCCCGCUGGUUUCAUGGAUGUCAUCUCCAUCCCCAAGACCAACGAGAACUUCCGUCUUCUGUACGAUGCCAAGGGCCGCUACACAGUUCACAGGAUCGAUGACGCCGAGGCCAAGUACAAGCUGUGCAAGGUCACCAAGACCUUCGUCGGCCCCCGCGGUGUCCCCAUGGUUGUCACCCACGACGCCCGCACCAUCCGCUACCCUGACCCCCACAUCAAGGUGCACGACUCUGUCAAGGUCGACCUCGAGACUGGCCGCAUCACAGAGUUUGUCAAGUUCGACAACAACAUGCUCGCCAUGAUCACCGGCGGCCGUAACAUGGGCCGUGUCGGUACCAUCGUCCACCGUGACCGCCAUCUUGGUGGCUUCGACAUUGUCACGCUGCGUGAUGCCAACGGCCACCAGUUUGCCACCCGCCUCAGCAACAUCUUCGUCAUUGGCGACAAGAAGCCCCUGGUGUCCCUCCCCAAGGGCAAGGGUGUUAAGCUCACGAUUGCCGAGGAGCGUGACCGCCGCAUGGAACAGAAGGCCAAGGAGCUCGCGUAAACGCACACGUUGUGCUGUCGUUUCCCCCGUCGUCCUCGUUGCCCCUCGCUGUCUUUCCCCCCAUGUGUUGUUGCCGCUGAUGUUGUGCGUCCCGCAGACUGGUGUUCACUGUCGCUCUUUUUCAUGUCGUGCGUGUUGGUGUAAGUGUGCGCGUGUGUGCCACGGUCAUGCCCGCAACAAAGCAGCAGCCCCAAAGUAAACCCUUGAUAAAGGCAUCCCCAGCGA